UAUUUAAAUUAAUUUAAAAAAAAACGUCUCACGCAUGUAUCUCUCUCGUGUAAACUUGCUAAAAUCGAAUAGAAAUAUGUCAGAUUUAUUUGUCAAAAUCAAGUUGAUUUUCGCUGACAAUGUAUUUUAUAUAUUGACAAGUUUAAAUGUAAUCGCGAAAGAUCGGACAUAUAUAUCUCGAUCACUACGAUGUCACGUGUUAAUUAUCGCUAAUCGCUACCGUCCUUUUUUAAAUUGUCGACGCAGAGUCUUCGAUUCGAAGACUAAACCAAGACUUUUAUCGGUGGCGGUGUCUCGUUUCCAUUACCGCUGUGCAGCUCGAUGCACAUUGCAGCUUCCUACAACCCCCUCGCGAUAUCCUCGGUCGCGGUCGCACACGUACUCUCACGUGGACGGCGGGGCAUGCGCGUGUUCCCGCGUUCAGCUGCGAGGGUAUAAAAGAUCGCGGGUCGAGCGCAUCGGGCUCAGUUUAAUCUCGUGAGAGCAAAACGUAAAUUGAGAGCAAAUCGUCCUGACGAGGAGAAGAAACGAUCGAGCGAUCGAUUGAUCGGAAAAAAAAGAUAAAUACAGCGGAGUAAUAAAUAUAGUCUGGGGUUGCCAAAAGACCCAAAAGUAUCGCGGAGUAACAGGUGGCCAUUUCCGUGUAUGAAAGUUGGACAGACAACUGGGAUCCACUUUCGGUCCACGCGCGGCAAGUACGCGCGCGGCGCAACGGCAGCACCCGCUACAUAAAUCCGCGUGGAUAUAUACAUCUAGAAUCUACAUACGUCCACAAUAUCCGAAAGGACGAAUCUAUGCAACGGUUCACGUAAUAGACACGUAAUAGUGUUACCCGGCCGCCACGGUAUCCAUCUUCGUUCUUUGGAUAUCUCGUUGCGUUACCGUUGUAGAACCGUGUGAUUUCAAGUGUCACGAGUUCAAAUGUCAAAUGAUAUGGAGGAGUCCACGCAGCUGACCGUGGAUGAUUUGAACAAUCACCGACAGCAUCAUCAUCGAUAUCAUCAUCAUCAUCAUCAUCAUCAUCACCAUCAUCACCAUCAUCAUCAUCAUCGAGGUAGAACGCCGGUGAUGGGUGAGAUUGGUGACGACGAGUGCAGCACUGACAGUGGCUGCAGCAGCGGUGGCAGUACCGGAAGCGGAGAACAUCUGUCGCGGCGCGGCAGCGGUGAACGAUUGUGCAGAUCCAGCAGGUCUCCGAGAACACAUUGCUAUCCGGAGCGGCUGCGAGGACGACCGACGCGAUCGCAAGAGCGGCUUAGCACUAGCGUGCAAAGAUCGUCGGAGCGCACCUGGAGCCCUCCCAAGGACGUCAGGAGUCUACCUCGUGGUGGUGUUUCGCCCUUGUCGUACUCCUCCAGUCCUUCGGAUGCGCAUAGCAGCAGCGACAGCGACUCUCUCAAGAGGUCCUCCACCGCGGAAACUCUACGACGGGCCUUUCAGAAUCUCAAGAUCACCUCAUCCAAAUGGGAUAGCAACAAGGAGAAGAAGCACGCGAAGAAGAGCCCGAAGAGGAUCUUGCGUAGUCCGGUGCCCUACAUAUAUGUCCGAGGACCAUCCGGUCUACCCACUCAAAGGAUUCCCCGAAAUUCCGCUUUUCAACAGCAAAUGAUACAACCCUCCUCCUGCCAGGAUCCGAUCGAUCUCUAUCGAUAGACAUCUACACGACACCUCGUAAAUGGGCGAAUUUAAUGGGCGGAGUGAGUUUUAUCACCAAUUUCGAUCGCUGCGCAGGACCAAGAUACUAGGACUGAAGAAACUAAAAAGUUAAGGAUAAAAUCGAAAAGGCAUGCACGAUCGAACGUCGUCUUUUGAUCGUCGUGCUCGCGAUAUAACUACGAACAUAACUCGUUACGUCCCGUCACGUCGUCGUUGUUGUGACGUCUUUGCCAGAUAAAAAAUUACAAAUUCCAAAGGGAAUCACGCGAUAUCCGUAAUUUCUGGGCUCUUCCUGCAUUCCUUCCCCCUUUUUCUCACGUUCCUCCGUUUCCUCGUCGUUCAUUCGACCGCGAUUACAUUUCACGUGCCACUUACUCACUAUACCGUAAUAUAUCGGCGUAACUUCUCGAGUCGAAGCAGGCGAAUGCCUACUUCCCUUUUAAGUAGUAUAAGUCAAGCGUAUAACGCCGACUCAACGCGAGUUAUUAGGCUCGGCGAUGAGCUCAGCGAGACGAGCGAUGAGAAAAGAAAUGAAAAAACAAUUAACAUAAAGAGAGAUUACGUUAAACUACCGUAUCUCUUGAUAUAUACGCCACGAUCGUAAUGGUUGCAUAUACGAUCUUCGAUACUGGAUAAUAUGCAAAAAUUAUUUGCAUAUUAUUGAAUUACGAAAGUGAACGACAAAAGGACGUACGGUCGAUCUUGUUGAUUAUUUUCUGAAUUAUUAAUCUUGAAUUGAGAUAUCCAAUGUAUAUCAAGAGAAUAAGAUAAACUUUCGUGUAUUCAGGAUUGUCUGCACAAUAGUUUCUAAUACUUUUGCAACACCGAUUUUAUUAAAGACUUUGCCGCAGAGUGUUUAAAGCCAAAAAACUCUCUCUCUCUCUCUCUCUCUCUCGUCACGAUAUGUGUUGUGUACCUACAUGUAGAACUAUAAUACAGCCACUCAACUCUCAAUUAGAUAUUUUUCUCUGACUAUCUGACUAAUGUUCUCUGAUUAUAAGCGUACGCGAGAUGUUUAGAAUGUACGAACGUGCAGACUGAUAGAUUUAAUGUACAAUAUUAAUGUGUAUUAUAAUUCAUAUUGUCACUCAUCAGUUAUGCAAGAUUUUAUUAAACACAUCAUUAUCUCUAUAUUGUAAUUUCCACUAACAAGAAUUUAAUUAUUUAAUAGAAAUUACUCUCUUUAAUGAGAGGCGAGAAAUUACGAUGUGUAAUAAUAAUAAUAAUAAUAAUAAUAACAAUAACAAUAAUAAUUUCGCAAAAAGGUUAAAUUAAACUACUCGAUAUGCUGGAAAAUGCAAUUUUCGAAUGCAUUCAAACGACGCAUACAUGCCUCCAUGAAGGUAUCAAAGUAACUUUAUAGCGAGGGCUACGAAUACAUCUGAUUGUGAGAGAAAAAGUCGAACAAACGAUAAAUUAAUAUAAUUAUUUCUCGUUUAUACUUAUGCUGUUCCUUCAUUCAUCAUUGUUGAUCAUAAUGAAAAUGAUAUACUUUUAUCAUACUUUUCAUCGGCACUAUAAAGAGUCGCGAUUUCUUAAUCGCGCGAUAAAAGUCAAUUAUAUACGUAUAUCUAUAUCGGCGCGUAAAAUUUAUAGUAUAUCUCAAAAUUAUUUUAGAUCCAAAAUAAGGAUAUUGUUCUUAAUAACUUGUACUAUGAUAAUUGUAUUAUUAUAAUUGUGAAUUAUUAUGUAUAAGAAAAGCAAAUCACUCGUGUAAGAAUAUUGUUUAUAUCAGCGAACCAUCUCGGUUGCGCGAAAGAAAAAGUCUUUUAUUUGUAUAUAUAGUAAUACUAAAAAUCAAGUAUUCAAAAAUCAGUAUUAUUUAAGUACAAGAUAUGUAAAUACAUUAUAAGAAUUGGGAUCGACGGAUAUUGUUGAAAAAUAAUAAGCGAUACAUAUCACUAUUGAUGCUUUCCAAACACUCGUAGCUUUUAAGAUAUUAAUGAGCAAGAUUGACUUGAGUUAAAAUAAAAAAGAACAAAGUGCGCGUUUAAGUUUUUUUAGAA